UUAGACCUGAACCAGAGCCCCGAGCUGCACGUCCAGGCCCAGUUCGGGACUCUGGCGGAUUACUUCGAGGCGCUGCAUCGACACCUGGACUCAUCUAAGGAGCGUCUGCCCGCGGUGGGCGGAGACUUCUUCACCUACGCCGACAGAGAUGAUCAUUACUGGAGCGGCUACUACACCUCCAGACCCUUCUACAAAAGACUGGACCGCACCCUGGAGGCCACGCUCAGAGGAGCUGAGAUCCUGUUCUCAUUGGCUCUGGCGGAGAGUCGAGGCGUCUCUAUGGUAACUUGUUUCGGGGAAGAGCUCUUUGGUCACCUGACCUCAGGGAGGAGGAGCUUAGGCCUUUUCCAACAUCAUGACGCCGUGACGGGGACGGCCCGCGACGCCGUGGUACGAGACUAUGGAAACAGACUCUUGCGCUCGAUCCUGAACCUGCGACAGGUGAUCCAGAGCUCCGCCCACUUCCUCAUGCUGCCAGACAAAAGCCACUUUGACCAAUCACAGCCCGUCCUGCAGACGGAUGAUGUCAUUGCGGCUCAUGACGCUCUGCCGAAGAAAACUACCAUCAAAGUCAGUGACACUCCCAGGGCGGUCGUCGUGUACAAUCCACUUGCGCAGCGUCGCACGACUGUGGUGACCGUCACCGUGGAUGCGCCUGAUGUUAGUGUCGUAGAAGCUGAGACAAACCGACCAAUCACAGUACAGAUCUCUGCAGUGUGGGAGGAGCCAACACAAGCCUCCAGCAGCACCUUCCAGCUCUCCUUCGUGGUGGACCUGCCCCCCCUCUCUCUGUCUGUGUACCAUGUGACCACAGCCCCCGCUGGCUCCGCCCCCAGAUCUCGGUACCGGGUCUUGGGGUCCGGGUUCCGGGCGGCAGGGUUUUCGAUGAGUUCGGUCCAAACCGAGUCUGACCUGAGCAUCAGAAACUCUCACCUGGAAGUGUUUGGCUCCGCCCCCUCGGGACUCAUGCAGAAGCUCCGCCUCCCUUCGGGACAGGUGCAUCAGGUGCAGGUGCAGUUUUUGUGGUACGGCACGAGGAGCGAGAGGCGAGACAAGAGCGGCGCGUACCUGUUCCUGCCAGGAGAGGAGGGCGCACAGCUGUACGAUUGGUCGGAGCCUCCAGUGGUGCGUGUUUCCGUUGGUCCGGUCUUCUCUGACAUCACUUCCUGUUUCCGACACAUCACUCACAUGGUGCGGCUCUUUCACAUUAAAGGGCACGAGGGCAGGUCAGUGCAGAUCCAGAACACUGUGGACAUCAGGUCAGAAUUUAACCGGGAACUCGUCAUGCGAUUGGUCACCAACAUCUCCAACGGCAACCGCUUCUUCUCCGACCUCAAUGGCUUCCAGACGCUGCAGAGACGAACUCUCAGUAAAAUUCCUCUUCAGGCAAAUUUCUACCCCAUGACCUCGGCCGCCUUCCUCCAGGAUCAGGACCAGACCAGAGACCAGACCAGAGACCAGACCAGAGACCAGACCAGAGACCAGACCAGAGACCAGACCAGGACCAGACUCACCCUCCUGUCGGCGCAGAGCCAAGCUGUGGCUGCACUAAAGCCAGGGGUCUUGGAGGUGGUGUUGGACCGCAGGCUGCAGCAGGAUGAUAAUCGAGGACUGGGACAAGGAGUGACAGACAACAAGCUCACAGAGAGUCUGUUCCACAUGCUAAUAGAGGAAGGGGACGGGCCCUGGGGCUCUCACCUGUCACUGCUCUCUCACCUGAGCUCGCUGUCAAUCACACAUCCCGCCGUCACCAUGGCGACGCCUGAAGGCUCUGCCUAUGGACACAAGCUCCGCCCCUUCACGGCCAUUGGCUCCUCCCUCCCGUGUGACCUGCACCUGCUCAACCUAAGAACCCUGGAGAGUCAACAGGAAGCAGGAAGUCCGUCACAGGAAGUGGCUCUGCUGCUGCACAGGAAGGGUUUUGACUGUAGCUCCGCCCCUGACCCAGAGCCAGAGUGCACGUGGAGCGUGCACGAGGAGAUAAACUUGUCCCAGGUUUUGGCACCACUUCAUCUGCGCUCUCUGCGUCAGUCCGGACUCACUCUGCUGCGAUUGGACGACCAGCCAGAAUCUGCCCAGCAACAGGAACAUGUGCACAAAAUCCCACCCAUGGAAAUCCGCGCUUUCCGAGUGCAGCUGCAAUGAGCGGCCAAUCAGAAGCCAGUAUCAGGGAGCGGACCAAUCAGAGGCGAAUGUUAGGCAUCAGGUUUUAAACACUUUAAGACAAUUGAAUGUCUCCUGAAAGAAUGAUUUUAUGAAGAAAUGUUUAUCUAAAACUUGAGAACAUUGUGGAAAACUGAUUUAAUCUAGAAGCAGUUAAAUAUUAGUCAUUUUUUAGUAGGAGAGUGAUAGAGGAGUGACAGAGGGUGUGAGAGGGAUUAUAAAGAGUGAUGGGGUGAUAGAGGGAUGAUGGAGGAUGAUAGAGUGUAAUGGGGGGUGAUGGGGGGUGGAAGGUGAGAGGGGAGAGAACAUCAGUGUAAGAUUUGUUCACCCUCUCACCAGGAAAUAACCGUUUCAUACCUCACUCUGCCCUGUCAAUUUUGACUGUGACCAGGGCAUCUGGAGUAAAACCUGAGCUGAGCCCAAAGUGAGUCGAAGCCACUGUUACACUACACCGUCUGAGGAGGGUGUUCAAAUGUGAAGAAAUAUGUCCUUCUGCUGUUUAUUUCUGUACAAAUCUGUUUUUUAUUUUGCUCUUUUGAAGCAGAAUAAAUUAUUUUAAUCUGUG